AUCAGUAUAAACAACCAUCCAAUUGUUUUGUUUUCUAUUUUUCCCAGUAAUAAAGUUUGUAUUUUCUAUUUAAAUUAAACAUUCCAACAUUAAAUAAAGUCUACAAAUAAAAACAUAGACAAUUCUUGCUUAUCUUUGUUAUUUCGUCAAUACAAAUUGUUUCAAUGGUGAAAGAGUGGAUGAAGUGGUGUCGGCUUUGCGCCCGUGAAGACUCUAGCAAUACUCAUGUAAACAUAUUCUUUGAGGAUGAAAAAGGCCUUCCCCUAUCUGAUACAAUAAACAAAUGUUUUUCAAUAGAUAUUAACCAUUUUAACAACUGGCCAAUUAUGAUCUGUGUUCACUGCUUUUCCCUACUCAAAUCCAUAAUAACUUUAGCUCAAAGAACAUCAAAAGUCAAUGCUAUGUUUGCAGAACUAUUAGACUGCCUCGAUAACAUAGACCCUAAUAAAGUAAAAGUUCGUUAUGACCUACAUACGAUAUCUGAUAUAAAAUUUGACCUCAAGGUAGCUAUACCUAUUACGACGGUUAAUGAUUUCGAACUUACGGACUUACCCUCAGAAAUGAACGAACAAAUGGUCGAUGUUGGUGAACUGAAAUACAUCGACAGUGACCUUGUAACUACCUCUAUUAAAACCGAGGAAGUAGACAUUGACGAUGAUAUAGGUCACAAAACAACACAGGAUGAAGAAAGUUCACAAAAUUAUGGUUCGCUUGGAAGUGAUUCUGAUUCAUCAGUGAGCAUAAAACCAAAAAAGAGGAAAUAUACAAAAAGGAAAUUUAAACCGCAAAAAGAAAAAAAGCCUAAAAAUGAGAGCAUUAAAAAUGAAGAAUACCAUUGCUCUGAUUGUGAUAAGGGCUUUAUAAAACAAGAAAUGUAUCGACGACAUAUGCUAAAUACACACGACACUGCAAUACAAAUCACACCUAAGCUUUUGAUCUGCGAAACUUGUGGCAAGGAAUAUAAAUCACAGUCGGGUCUCAAUGACCACAGACUCACGCACACCGAAGAGAGAAAACAUAAGUGCAGGUUUUGUGAUAAGAAAUUCAAAGCUAUUGCCCAUAGAAAACGUCAUGAAGAUACACAUAAUGAAACCAAGUAUAUUUGCGUUGUUUGUGGACUUCAAUUAAAUACACAGCGAACGCUCAAUCAGCACAUGAUUGUGCAUUCGGAGGAGAAAAAACAUAAAUGCGACUUAUGUGGGAAGGAAUAUAAAAGAGCGAAAGCUCUUAAAUAUCAUCUUAUUACACAUGCUGGGUUAAGGCCAUAUUUUUGUGAUUUUUGUGAAAAAACAUUCACAAAUGCAGCCAAUUGUCGUAUCCAUAAGAGAAGACAUCAUCCCGUCGAAUUUGCAGAACAGGAAGCAACCGGUUUGAAUAAAACAUCUAACAGAAUUCCUAAAAUGGAAGACUUAAAAGCUUUAUUAGAUGGGAAAAAAGACAAAAUAACUUUAGAAAAUCACAGUAGCACUAUGGAAGCAGUAUCAGAAAUUGGUUCCACAUCAGCAAUAAAUUCAGAUACUAGGCAAAGUUAUUUACCAACAUUUUUAGACAAUUUACUCGCGGCGGAUGGUCAAUCUUCGUCUAAAAAUACGAACUUGUACAAUUAUAGAAUUUUGGAUAUUCACAUCAAUACAAUUAAUCCAAUGGUGAAACAGUGGAUGAAGUGGUGUCGGCUUUGUGCCCGCGAAGACUCAAACAAUACUCAUGUCAACGUAUUCUUCGAGGAUGAAAAAGGCCUUCCCCUAUCUGAUACAAUAAACAAAUGUUUUUCAAUCGAUAUCAACCAUUUUAACGACUGGCCAAAUAUGAUCUGCGUUCAGUGCUAUUUUCUAGCCAAAUCAAUCCUUAAUUUAUCUCAAAGAACAUCAAAAGUUCAUGCCAUGUUUGCCGAGCUAUUAGAUGGUGACGAUGACAUAGACGCCUACAAAGUCAAAGUUCGCUAUGAGCUCCAUACGAUGUCUGAUGUUAAAUUUGAUCUAAAAGUACCUGUAGCCAAUGCUGUAGAACUUCCAGAAAUGCCCAUAGAAAUGAACGAACAAAUGAUCGAUGUAGAUGAAUUGCAUUACGUCGACAGUGAUGUAUUAAAUACAACUGCUAUUAAAACCGAGGAAGCAGAUGAAGAUUAUUUGGAUCAAUCAGAUCGAAUACCUUCAGCUCAUGGAGACAGUUCCGAUGAAGAUGGUUCGCUUAAGAGUGAAGUUCUUUCGGAUGAUUAUUCUCCUGGGGAGAAACCAAAGAAGAGAAAAAAAGAAGAAACACAGCCAAAAAAGAGGCAUAAUCGAAGGAGAAUGCAAACUGAACCAAUUAAAUGUGAAAAAUGUCCAAAGAGCUUUUUUCGAAUUCAAUUUCAUCGUCGGCAUAUGAAAAAGGCACAUGGAAUUACAGUAGAAGAUACAGAACCGAAAGCACCAUUGGAAUUUGUUUGUGAAGAGUGUGGCAAGAAAUGCAAAACAUAUUGGGCUUUAAGGGACCAUCAAUUGACGCAUAGCACUGAGAGACCAUUGAAAUGUACUCAUUGCGAUAAAUUGUUCAAAAACAAACAGACACUUAAGAUACACGAAGACAUUCACAAUGAAACUAACUAUAUAUGUGUUGUAUGCGGAUUAAAAUUGAAUACACGAAGAACACUACGAAUGCAUAUGGUUGUCCACUCGGAUCAAAAACAACACAAAUGUGAUUAUUGUGGCAACGAGUAUAAACGCGCCAAAGCUUUGAAAAACCAUCUCAUCUUGCAUACGGGUCUUAAACCUUAUACAUGUGAUUUUUGUGAUAGAACUUUUGCCAAUGGCUCGAAUUGUCGCAGUCAUAAAAAGAAAUCUCACCCAGUUGAGUUGGCGGCGAUGGAAGCAGCUGGAAAAAACAGUAUUGCAGCUGGGAUUCCUAAAUUGGAAGAUUUAAGGGCAAAGACUAAAGCAGAGGCGAAUCAGCCAAAGAAAAGCGAAACAGAUGUAAAUGAAUGCGUAGGCAAUGAAAAUAAACCUGAUAUGAUUGAAUCUUUGAAUGAAUUAAAGUCGAUGAUUACAAUAGAAAGGUCCGUGGAAUUCGAUCAUGGAGUAUUUGGAUCAAUGUCAACAAGUUAAAAUUAACUAUUAGAUUAGGGUAGUGAUUCUUUUAUACGUAUGAAAGGGGUGUAGAUAAAUGUUUUAGUUUCAAAAUGUAAUAGGAAUUCAAGUUCUUCGUUUUUGCAAAGCUAUUUCUUUUUAUUUAACUAAACUAACUGAAAGGAGUCUAUGAACUUGGUGGUAACAUACACAAGUUGUUGUUGUUCAUUCAAAACCUUCAACUAAUUUAUGUAGUUGAUGAUAAGUUACGCAUAAUUGCUGGUUCAAAUUUAAUUUGUAAAAACCAAGAUUGUCUAAUUGCCAUCCGCUUUCGGUAAGUUCCAACUUCCGCCAGACGGUUAUAGUACCACAACUGAAAUAUAAUAAGUAAAUCAACUGGAUCACUGAUUUAAACGCUUUUGUAAGACCAAUACGACCGUCCAAAGUUGCCCUCAGACACGACAAAGAUUCGCUAUCAGUAUGAUUGGUAGCGCAAUCCAAAAUGAGUCACAUUGAAUGCUAAAUAUGUGGAAAUCUGACGAGGCAAGAUCAAAUCAUACAAUAAUCUUUUCGGAACAAGCAAACUAUUUUUUUUUAACAAUAUGGAAAGCUUAAGAUUAAAAUGGAUAGCAUAUUAAAAAAAAUAUAAUAGUGCAACCUAACUCUGAAAAAAACUUAUCCUUAAAAAAUUCCUUUUCUGAUUGUAGUUUUAAAGUAACAUUUCCCCAAAUUUUCCACAUUUUUUACUUUUCUAACUAACCUUUCCUCUAUCAGCCAAAGUCCAAUUUUCAUUUCCACUUAAACCCAGUUUCUUCGUCUCAAUAAAUCAAUAAAAAGCUUACCUAAAGGGUAUUCUUUUUCAAUUCAAAUCUUUAGCCAAAUUAGUGUCUCUAGUUUUCACCAGAUCAUGGUUCCUAGGAACAAUCUAGUGUACUCCAACAAUUUUUACAAAUUUUGUGAAUAACAUCAACUAUUUACUUUUUUGUAUGUAAUGUAAAGCUUGCUAAAACGAAAUACAUACACAGAUACGAGUCGAUAUUUUUUGUAUUCAUUAAUAAAGUAUUCAUUUAUUCUUGUAUUCCACCAAAAAAAAUCUUAUGUUAUCUGACUAUAUGCAUUCACAAUGAAAGUUGAGUAAGUACUGAAUAUUGAUAAACGAAAAUAUGUUAAUGAUUCCUAAUAUUUGUUAAGCUGUUGUAAGUUAAUAUAACAAUAGUUGUAAACAGGCUUAUAGACAUUUUAACUAAAAUAAGCAAUAAUCACUUAAAAUUUCUGGAAAACAAUAUUGUCGGUUAGGGACGGGUUAUAAAUUGGACGAGCGUAUUUAAUUUUAUUCCUAUUAAUUGAGCUACUUUAGCCCUGUUCCUUUAGGAGGUGGCAAAGUACUACUAGUAGUUUACUAGCGAUUUUCAAUGGAACGCACUUUCAACGAAUUCAAUACAAAUCGUAUCUACUCGGGAAGAAGAGCAUGAGUAGAUGGUAGUACUAGAUUAACCAAAAUAUCUACUAGUAGUAAACUACCACCUCCAAUGGAACAGGGCUUUUAUAUGAAUCCCUAUUUUUAUAUACUUACAAAUAUCAGUAUCAAUUACUUCAGCCCACAUUUAUUGCCCUUAAGUAUAUUAAAAAUUUUGUAUGUUGUUAAAAAAUAAUCUGAAAUAAAGUAAGUUUAUAUUUAAGAUUAAUACACAAAUAAAAAACAUAUAAUUUUAUUAAUUCAAA